CAUUCAUGAAUGCGGAACAAGUAGACAAUGAUGAUUGUCUUCAACAAGAACAUCAAGUACGUGUUGCAAAAUUGCGUUCUCUGGCUGAGUCCAUUGAGCGAGUAGCCACGACUUGCACGACUUCUACACCCAAGCUUACGCUCCUAGAGCUCCGGUCGACGAACAAGGUCUCUAUAGAAAUCGACCUUUUUCAAGCCUGUGAGAAAAUGAAAAAACUCUACGCUCAGAUUCGGGAGAUCGAGUCGGAGGCCGCUUCUAGUUGUACUGACAAGCCUCGUCCUGCUACUGCUACUCCAAGAACAUCUUCAUCCACGACCAUGAGCAACAAGAAGUUACGCCAUGACUUGUUCCCUCUCUUCGCUCGUAAGCUGCGAUUGAAACGUGAGAUUGCAGCAUUAGAGUACCAGACUAGUGAGCAGAGUUUGUAUUGGCUUUCGCAGCUCGAUGCAAUGGCAGCAGUGUUGGUAGAGUUGGGGUACAUUUCAACGUCUAGUAAUAAAGGAGAAGCACGGAUGAAUGUUGGUGUCAACACUUCGUCCAACACCACAUCAACGUUUCCUGGUACAACCUCUAGACGCU